AUGCCAGAUACUUUGUGUUUUUUUGCAGAGGUGACAGCCGUCACGGUUGGGGAUGUCCAGAGUUCAGAUGAAUCUGUGUUCACAUCUACAGUCGCCACAGCAGCGUCCAUCCCUGAACACGUGCUCACGGGCAGAACUACGCUUCAGAUCGGAGACGGUCUGAGUACCCAGAAGGCCACGCUGAUCGUGGUGCACACGGAUGGGAGCAUCGUGGACGCCACAGGGCUGAAAGGCACCGCAACACCUAUGACACCUGAAUGGAAAAAAAUCUUGCUAAUUUCAUUUAGCUUACAUACUGUAGCAAAACUCCUCUUUCUUUGCCUGUUUCUUCUCCAGUGUACGAAGGACGGGCCUUUCGAAGGAGAGGACAUCUCUAUGACGGGCCCCGUCAGACUGUUCGUCCCUUAUAAAAGAAGGAAGAAGGACAGCGAGCGGGCAGCUUCUCCUGAGAAGAAGGAAGUUCAUUCUCCGAAGAAUAUCACCCUGGCUCCUGGAGCAACGUUUACAAUGACUCCAUCCGGACAGAUCACCACAUCAGGCACGCUGACCUUUGACCGAACGGCGACAGGAGAGACGGCAGCCAUCAUCUCUGACAGCCCUGUGCCCACUGACGUCUUCACCAGCACAACCGUGUUGGCCACCCUUCCUGCGCUGGCGGUGUUGCAGUCUAAACCCUUUCCGGCGGGGCCGCUCAUGAACGGGCUGGAGAUGGCCGAGCAGCGCACGUGGCUUUACCUGGAAGAGAUGGCCAAUACGCUGCUCAACAACGUCCAGCAACUCAAAGUCCUCAUCGCACAGGCCAAACAAGCCAGUCAGAGCGGAGCGCAUGCCGCCAUCAGCCCCGAGAAAAACAGCAGCGUCAGGAAAGAGUCCUUUCAGAGUCAGUUGUCACUCAGUGAAGAACCUGAGGGGAAAAUCACUGAAAUUAUCAUUAAGGACUGA